AGGUGCUCUGGGAAAUGUAGGCGGUGCGCCCCGCCUCCCGCCCGGCCGGGGAAAGAAAGGCGUGCGGGUGAGGCGGUCGGCUCGGUGUCCUGUUCUCAGCGCAGAAGAUGGCAGCGGAGGAGGCCGUGGAGGCUGGGCUGUCUGCGGAGCGGCUGCAGGAGGCCGAGGAGGAGGCAGCAGAGAAUGGGGCAAGCUCCGCGGGAGGUGGUGAGGCCGCGGCGCUCAAUGGCGAAGUUGGCUGUACAAAAGUGGAAAACAAUAACCUGUCUGUGAAAGCUGGGUCAGAAGUAGAAACCAAAGAAGAAAGAACAGAGCAUGAAUCCAUAAGGGAGUCUGAUAGUAACAUUUUGGAUGUUUCAUCUGAUUAUCCAAGAGAGAAACAUCUUUCCAUUCAAAGACAACUUGCUGAUCUAGAGAAACUGGCUGACCUGAAUGAAGCUGAAAAGAAGCCUUGUCCUUUGUGUCCUGAAGAGAAAUUUAAAGCCUGCUAUGGCCAUAAACUUCAUCGUCACCUCCAGAAUUUGCACUGGAAAAUUUCUGUGGAAUUUGAAGGGUACAGAAUGUGUAUCUGCCACUUGCCUUGUCGUGUAGCAAAACCAAACUUCGUUGCAGAUCAGGCGUUUUCAAAGAUGGGAGCACACUACCACUGCAUCAUCUGCUCAGCAACUAUCACACGAAGAACUGAUAUGAUAGGACAUAUUAAUCGCCAUGUCAAUAAAGGAGAAACUGAAUCAAGAUUUAUUACAGCUCCUGCUCCCAAGUCAUCUUGUGAAGUGCUGAAAGAGGCAGACGCAGAUGUGCAGGUUCUUCCCAACUAUUUCACACCUCAAAAAACAGACUCCUAUUUUAAUCCCAAAAUGAAGCUCAACAGGCAACUGAUAUUCUGUGCACUGGCUGUUUUAGCUGAGGAACGUAAACCAAUAGAAUGUUUGGAUGCAUUUGGUGCUACUGGUAUAAUGGGAUUACAGUGGGCAAAACAUCUCCGAAGUUCUGUCAGAGUUACAAUUAAUGAUUGCAAUGAGAAUUCUGUGACAAUGAUUCAGGAAAACUGCCAUUUAAACAAAAUGAAGGUGAAAGUGAGUGCUAAGGAAGAAGACAAUUACGAAGCUCUAGGAGAUGGAGAAGAAAAUACUGAUACCAUUGAGGUGACAAAAAUGGACGCCAAUGUUAUAAUGCAUUUGAGAUCAUUUGAUUUUAUACAUUUGGACCCAUUUGGAACUUCUGUGAAUUACCUGGAUUCUGCCUUCAGAAACGUGAGGAAUCUUGGAAUUGUAUCGCUGACAUCCACAGACAUCAGUUCUCUGUAUGCAAAGGCUCAACACGUCACCCUGCGUCACUAUGGAUGUAACAUUGUGCGAACGGAGUACUACAAGGAGCUGGCAGCCAGGACAGUCAUUGCUGCUGUGGCAAGAUCUGCAGCUCGCUGUAAUAAAGGCAUUGAAGUCUUGCUUGCAGUAGCCCUAGAACACUUUGUUCUUGUAGUCGUCAGAGUUUUAAGGGGACCAUCUCCUGCAGAUGAUUCAGCGAAGAAAAUAAGAUAUCUCAUCCACUGUCAGUGGUGUGAGGAGAGAAUUUUUCAGAAAGAAGGCAAUAUGGUAGAAGAAAAUCCUUAUCAGCAGCUGCCUUGUGAUUGUCAUGGCAGUAUGCCUGGGAGGACAGCAGUAGUUCUUGGUCCUCUCUGGUCAGGAGCUCUAUUUAAUACUGGGUUCCUCAGAAGAAUGCUGUUUGAAGCUGUCCAGUAUGGCUUAGAUGAUGUUCAGCCACUUCUGAAAACAGUGGUCUGUGAAGCUGAGUGUACAACUUCCAAGAAUUUUUCUACCCAUAGUCCUUCUGAUGAGAACAAACAAGAAGAGUGUGGCGUAUAUAUUAAAACACCAGAUAUGCUGGCAGAGUCUGAUGUGGUGCCUGGAAAAAGAAAAAAUAAUGAAGUGAUGCGAAAUGCGACCAAACGACAAAAAACUGACAACAGUGCGGAGCACCCUGCAUUUUACUACAAUAUCCACAGACACAGUCUUAAAGGAAUGAACAUGCCCAAGUUAAAUAAGUUCUUAAACUACCUCUCUGAAGCUGGAUACAGAGUCAGCAGAACCCACUUUGAUCCUAUGGGCGUUCGCACCAACGCUCCCUUGGCACAGUUCAAGACUGUUCUCAUGAAGCACAGCACUCCCACGUAUGCUGGGGGGCAAACAGAAGGCCCUCUCCAACUGACAGAAGAUGUCCAGGUGGGAGAUCAGCUUCAAGCUGCUGCAGACAGCAAGGCAAAGGAUGAUGAGCUUCUGGAAGAGAAAAAAUCUGGAGACACUGCCGCUAUCUUCGCAGAAGACUGCCCUACUCACUGUGCAGCCAAUUAGUCCAAUCCUUUUGGAUUUACAUGAGAACUUGCACCUACGCUCUGUUCAAGCACACCAGUACUCCUUGCAGACCUGGAAUUUGACAGUUUGAAAUCCCUGCAAUUUCCAUUGGAGAGGAUGUUUUAGAAUUCUAGACCUUAGCACUGAAAGCAGCAGUGUGUAUGGUCGAGAUGAUUUUCCUGUGGGAAAAUUAUUAGAUGGUUGGUUCUUUCACACUUGCAUCCACUUUCACAUUGAGCAUUGUAGCUAGCACCAAGUCUUUGUAUGGCCUUAUUCAAGCUGCUGGAACAGAAUAUAGGAGAGUGGAUGGGGCCAGAA